AUGGUUGCCACAGCGAAGGCGGUGGUCUGUCUGUCCCUCUGGUUGAUCGUCUGUCAGGUCCGAGGCUCCUACAUCCCUCCGAAGAUGAACAGGACCAUCCAUAACCUCCUGCAGCACUAUAAGAUUCCACCGAGAGAGAGAUUUGACGGGAAGCCGGUCUUCUCCAGACAUCCACUUGCCGGCAAAAUGGAGGCAAAGAGGGUGUUUAUGGGUGGUGUUUUGGAGAUCUACGAAAAGCUGCUUGGCCAGAUGUUGAAGGACCUGCCCACCCCGACUCCCCAGACGGCCGGGAGCAACGAGAUUCCCGCCGCUGCCGUCACCGCCAGUGGUGGUGAGGUGGGAAUGGGCGAAGACGUCAGGACGGAGCUGAGCUACAUCCUGAACAAGGUCCAGGAGCUGAGGAAACACCGUUACCAGGAGCAGGAGAAGCUUCUGCACGAACUGAGGGCUCUCAAACACAUCCAGAUGGAUAACCUUAAAGUCCAGAGCAAAGCAUUGUGGGAGCUGCCGCGGCUGUACGAGGAGGCGAGCUCAUUAUAUGACAUCAAGAUAGAGAGGAGGCAACGCCGGCGGCGGCAAACACGAAGGGUCAAAACCCAUCUGAGUGCCUAA